AUGGACACCAGCCGUGCGCAGCCCAUCAAGCUGGCCAGAGUCACCAAAGUGCCGGGCCGGACCGGCUCCCAGGGACAGUGCAUGCAGGUGCGCGUGGAGUUCAUGGACCACACGAGCCGCUCCAUCAUGAAACGUGAAAGGCCCCGUGCGCCGGGCGACGUGCUCACUCUGUUUGAGUUGGAGCGAGAAGCUCGGAGGCUGCGCUGA